CGUGAACAGUUUCACCGAAGAGCACUUUUCCCUCUGAAAUAACCGGACGGACAACCCAGGCGGUAGAUAUCCUUUAUCGACCUGAGAGAAAGGAGCUAAGGUUUUGGAUCAGGACUCCAGCGAUCCAUCAUCCCCCAAAAUCUGUGUCAGCGAUGGAGACUUCCACUGGCUUCUGGCCGGGCAUGCACUUGGCUCUGGGUGUGUGGCUCGUGAUAGCCGCUCACAGCUUCCAGAAUACUCGGGCGGAGAUAAGUUGCGCAUGUUGUCGGUUCCCAGUUCAACUUCACGGAGGUCAAACGCGCGCUCAGUCAGCACCGACAGACGAAGUAAGCGCCAUUAAAAAGAUCCAAGUGGAGUUUAGGGAACUCGGGAUUAGUCGACAAAAUGCUGGAAAGGACAACGAGCAAGAGGAUGCGCCUCACUUGAAGAAAGGCUCACCAGGGUCCACUGCAGAAAGUCAUCGCGGCGGAAAGCUUGAUUUGGGCGAUGGCGCUGCGCUACCAAGAGCGAAGAGAACCAUCCCCGAGUUUGCCGAGUUGAGACAGAGUGGGCCGACGGGCCAAGAUGACCGGAAUUCCGGGACCUCGGUUGAACGGGGCUCCUCGCUGGACGGGCUCAGGUCUUCUGGACUGAGUAGAUCGGAAAUCAGAAAGAACAGGGACGACGGCAGAGGAAGUAAACAGCAGGAUGAGCCCAAAAUCACAAGCAGCACUUUCGCCCUCACUGGGGAUUCUGCACAUAACCACGCUGUCGUCUACUGGUCAGGACAAAACAGCAGCGUAAUCCUGAUCCUAACCAAGCUGUAUGACUUUCAUGUUGGCAGUGUCACUGAGAGCACUCUUUGGAGAUCUUCUGACUCUGGCUCCACGUAUGAGAAAAUGAAUGACAAAAUUGGAUCCAAGACUGUUCUGACUUACCUUUAUGUCUGUCCAACCAACAAAAGAAAGAUUAUGGUGUUGACUGAUCCUGAGUUUGAGAGCAGUGUGCUAAUCAGCUCUGAUGAAGGAGCCAGCUACCAGAAGUACCGCCUCACUUUCUACAUCCUAAGCCUGUUAUUCCACCCUACUGAGGAAGACUGGGCCUUAGCCUACAGUCACGAUCAAAAGCUGUACAGCUCGUUAGACUUUGGGAGAAAAUGGCAGCUUGUCCAUGAACACGUUACCCCUACUAGAUUCUAUUGGUCUGUGUCAGGGCUAGACAAGGAGUCAGACCUUGUCCACAUGGAGGCCCACAUGCCAGAUGGAAGUGUCCAGUACAUCACGUGCAGAGUGCAGAUGUGCACAGAAGCCAACAGGAAUUACCCCUUUCCUGGAUCCAUUGACAUCAGUUCAUUGGUGGUUCAGGAUGACUACAUAUUCAUACAGGUGCCUACAUCUGGAAGAGCCACUUAUUAUGUUUCCUACAAAAGAGACCUCUUCAUCCAAAUUAAACUUCCUAAAUAUUCCUUACCAAAGGAUUUACACAUUGUCAGCACAGAUGAAAAGCAGGUAUUUGCGGCAGUGCAAGAGUGGAACCAAAAUGACACCUACAACCUCUACCUGUCUGACACUAGAGGAAUCUACUUCACCUUGUCCAUGGAAAAUGUCAAGACCACUAAAGGCAUAGGAGGCAACCAGAUGCUGGAUUUGUAUGAGGUGUCAGGGAUUAGAGGCAUGUUGAUAGCAAAUAAACGGCAAGAAAACCAGGUAAAGACCUUCAUCACUUACAACAAAGGCAGAGACUGGAGGCUCCUGCAAGCUCCGACGACUGACCUGGAUGGAAAUGAAAUUCACUGCAUUAUGCCUUUUUGUUCACUCCAUCUCCAACUACAAACUUCAGAGAACCCCUACUUGUCAGGAGCAAUCUCCACAAAGAACUCUGCACCAGGGAUCAUUCUUGCCACAGGGAAUAUUGGCGCUGAGUUGUCAUACAACAAUGUUGCCAUGUAUAUAUCAUCUGAUGCCGGAAAUAACUGGAGACAGAUUUUUGAAGAGGAGCAUAAUGUUUGGUUUCUGGACAAAGGAGGGGCACUUGUUGCUGUAAAACAACCUUCUGUGCCAACCAGACACUUAUGGGUCAGCUUUGACGAAGGGAGGCAGUGGACCCAACACAGCUUUUCCUCUGUGCCUCUGUUUGUGGACGGCGUUUUGGUAGAAGCUGCGGCGGAUAACCAGAUUAUGACAUUUUUUGGACACUUCAGCCACCGCUCUGAAUGGCAGCUCAUCAAGAUAGACUAUAAGUCCAUCUUCAGCAAGAAAUGUACUGAGGAGGAUUACCAAACAUGGCACUUGCACAAUCAGGGUGAACCAUGUGUUAUGGGACAAAAACAGAUUUACAUGAAACGCAGGCCAGGGAACUACUGCAUGCUCGGCAAAGACUACUCAAGAAUUCUCUCUGCUGAGUCCUGUAUUUGCCGAGCCCAUGAUUUUGAAUGUGACUAUGGAUAUGAGCGCAGCGGCAAUGGGAACUGCAGGCCCUCCUUUUGGUUUAAUCCCUCCUCAACCACCAAAAGCUGCAGUAUGGGUCAGAACUAUUUCAACAGCACAGGGUAUCGUAAAGUGGUGUUAAAUAACUGCACCAAGGGAGUAAAAGAAAUGUAUACAGCUCAAAAGCAACAAUGCCCCAAGAAACCUCCAAAGGGACUUUUGCUGACCACCAAAGAUGGUAAACUAGCUGCCAACCUGGGCACUAAUGUUACUUUCCUGGUUCAUCUGGAUGAGGGUGAUUCAAUACGGACUAACAUCCAACUAGAUUUUGGCGAUGGCAUAGCCUUGUCCUAUUCGAACCUCAGCUGGGCUGAAGAGGGCAUCAAACAUGUCUACAAGUCUGCAGGGAUAUUUUGUGUCACAGCUCUGGCAGAAAACUCCCUGGGUUAUGACACAACAACACUCUAUCUGCAUGUCACGUGUCCUGUGGAGCAUGUCCAGCUUCUUUCUCCCUUUGUUGUCAUAAGAAAUAAGGAAGUUAACAUCUCAGCAGUUGUCCUACCCAGUCAUCCCCGCACAGUCACCUACUUUUGGUGGCUUGGCAACACCACUGAGCCAACAGUCACCUUGGAUGGGAGUAUCUCAUACACCUUUCCCAGUGAGGGAAUGUAUUCUCUCACAGUUCAAGUAGCUGCAGCCAACAUCAUAUUCCAAGAUUCCAAAACCAUAGCAGUUAGAGAAUUCUUCAAAUCCCUCCUUUUAUCAUUCUCCCCAAAUCUGGAUGAGUUCAACCCUGAUUUAUCCGAGUGGAGGCAGGAUUUGGGGAGAAUAAUUAAGAAGGCCGUUCUCCAAGUGGCUAAGUUCCCAGAAGAACUGCUUUUGGUAGCUGUGUUUCCUGGAGUUCCAACUGCCGCUGAGCUAUUCCUGUUACCGCACAAGAACCAGUCACAUGACAAGAAAAGGAGUGAGGAGGAGCUAGAACACGUUUCAAACAUAAUUGUCAGUGCACUGAACCAGAAUCUGGUGGAGUUCGAGCUGAAGCCUGGCGUAAGAGUGAUUGUAUAUAACACACAGCUAACACUUGCACCCUUGGUGGACUCCAACCCUCGACAUAGGAGCUCUGCUAUGCUGAUGCUCCUAUCAGUGGUUUUUCUUGGCCUUGCAGUGUUUCUCAUCUACAAAUUCAAGAGAAAAAUACCCUGGAUAAGCAUAUACGCAGAGGUGAACCAGGAGAAAGAGCAAGAGAUGAUUAGCUCGGUGGGCCAAGGUGACAACACGACAAAAAUAACACUAAAUGAGUUUUCCUCUUCAAAAGAACUCAUGGAGAAAGAACUGGAUGCAAGGGUCAAAAGGGGAGUCGCAAAUGCCCACGAGAGCACAAGGGAGAUUCCAAACUGCACUAGUGUGUAGAGCUUGUACUAUAUAGCAACCUAGUGUCAAAGGGGUCUCUCUUUCAGUUUUGUAAUUCUCAACACAACUGCUGUUAAUAGUUUUCUAAGAGACCUCAUUUUUACAGCGGUGCAUGGAAGUCUUGAUCAAUAACAUCCAUGCAGCAAAUCAAUGCAUUCAAUGAGAUUAUUGUAUUGUCCACAGACAAAACAUCGAACAGUUUUGUGGGUGUAUCAGCUAUGUAACACAGUACAUUUGUAAAGCUGACAAAAUACUUUGCUUCAGACAUAAUUUCUGCUAAUGUAUAACCACAAUGUCAAAGUACUUGAUUAAACGGAAUAUUACUAACACAUAAACUACUAUAGCCUGUGUUGUAGAUAAUUCAUUACUAUAAAAAGUUGUUUUUCUGUCAGUUAUCCCAAAAUCCACAUUUACGUAUUUUAAAAGAGUUGUACUCUUCUUGAAAUAUCUUGAAAGAAAUGUAUAUUUGUUUCUACAUAUUACACAUUUACAUACCCUAAAUCUUUUGAAAAUUAAAUGUACAUUUUCAAAAUUACAAUUUUUUUAUUGUUAAUACUUUCAUUUGUAUUGUGUAUGAAAUGUAUACUGUGAUAAAGUCUUCUGCAUUAAUGCAUUUGCCUCCAUCAGUCAAUGAAAAGUCUGAACUGGCAUCUAAUACAAUUACUAAUUGGCGCUACAAGUAUUCAAAGUAUUCACCCAUUGGUGAUGAUGUCCCUUCAGUGUGUUUCAGUUACACACUUAUAUUUUUAUUAUUGUCAUUUUGAAACAUUUUGUAAAUAUGCAUAUUUAUACUUUUCUUUCAUUAUCUAGCCAGCAAUGUACUAAAACCUCUUCAGGUCAUGAUGGGAAAUCUGUCAAAAGCUAGUAAUUUAUCAAUUACAUCAGAUACAUUCUACUGUAUUACGGCAACAAGUCUCAGAUUCUGCACUACAGCGUUGGACCAACUGCGUAAAAGAUCAUUUUCAUGCAUUAGAUGAGUGAGACAAAAUCGUUUGAGAGACAAGUGUAUGUUUGUUAUAAUAUAUUCUGAAUUUAUGAAUGAUUUACUCGAUGCAAACCAGGAGCCUUCCCAGAAAAAAAAAUACUCUAAUAAAACUAAGUUUUAAAUUAACUGAAUGUUAAAUUGAUCCAAACAAAACCCUAGGUCUGAAUUAGUGGAAGGUGUAGACAGGGAUAGUAAAUACAGUAUAAUAUAUGUGUGUGUGUGUGAGUGUAAUCAACCAAACUGUGAGACUCACUGCCAGAACUUGCACUUGAUCUGUAAUUCCCAAUUGGUUCAAAUAGAUGAUUACAUUCCAUUUUGUUUUAAGUUUUUCAAAGCUAAUAAUGAAUUGGGGCCUCCAGUGGUAUGAGAGAUUAGAUAUUACACUUCUAAGCAUCACUUUAACUCACUCAGCUACCCUACAAGCAUUUGUGCAAAUUUUAGACACUACCUUGUACAUUAAGCGAUUAUUUCAAUAUAUUCAGUGUUUAUUCUUUCUCAUCUAAGACUAAGAUUGUUCAUUGUAACUUACAAUGCAUAAUGAUAUUGAAUGCAUAUACAACCCCAACUCCAAUGAAGUUGGGACGUUGUGAAAAAAAAAUAAAAUAAAAAAUAAAAACAGAAUACAUCCAUUUUCUGAGCCACUUCUCCUCACUAGGGUCGCGGGCGUGCUGGAGCCAAAUGUUUAUUGAAUGUUGUUAAAAGAAAAGGUGAUGUAACACAGUGGUAAACAUGACCCCGUCCCAGCUUUUUUGGAACGUGUUGCAGCCAUAAAAUUCUCAGUUAAUGAUUAUUUGCUAAAAACAAUAAAGUUUAUCAGUUUGAACAUUAAAUAUCUUGUCUUAGUAGUGUAUUCAAUUAAAUAUAGGUUGAACAUGAUUUGCAAAUCAUUGUAUUCUGUUUUUAUUUAUGUCUAACACAACAUCCCAACUUCAUUGGAAUUGGGAAUGUACUUUGGAGUACGUUUGCCAAAUAUGAGGAAUAAAAUAAUUUGUAUUGAAUAACAUGUACAGUAUAAUUUGUAGAUACGGUAUACUGUUUAGUGUCUGUCAUCACACCUGGGCUUUUAAUUAAUUCUAUUAGCUGCCAUUGAACUCUCUAGGGUCUUUGCUCAGACUGACGGUGAGAUUUUUCAAAUUUGAUGGAUUAUGCCGGGAUUCAUGGAGCUGCCAAAAGUAAAAGAUGCUGUUCAUUGCGUCUUGCUGCUACUGUAUAAGCUACACUACUGUGAUGAUACAAGAUGAUAUAGAUAUCGUCAUCAUGCCUACACCAUAUCUGUAAUCAUUUUUGCAAACGUAUCACAGUGCCCAAAUUGAAUUGUAUCGAUUGGUGGAAACUUUGCUUUUAUGAGAUUAUAGAAGGCAAAAGCAAUGUAAUUUUCUGCUGUACCCCAAAACUCAUCAUUGCAUGAACC